AUGUCCAUCAACUGGAUGGGCAGCAAAGGGCUGAAGCUGGCCGUUCCCAACGAGCGACAGGACCGUCACCUACAGCAGCGCUUCUUCGGAGCACGCUCCCGCCGCCUUCUGGACAAGCCUCCGUCUCAGCUCGAGCGCCAAGAGCCGCCACCAUCUUCGGCCCUGGCGUCCCGAUCCACCAAGGCCAGACACCUCAACGCCCCUGCUCCCGCAUCGCUCAUGUCGGCCCAACCACCCUGGCCAUCGCAACAAGAAGACGAGGAGCCGUUCCUGCUCAAGGGGGCGUACACCCGCGUCGAGGCCCCCGGCACGACCCGCUACGAGCGCAGGAGGGCAAGACUUCUGUCGCACAGCUCCUGGCUCGAAGCCCUCGAGCUGCACCGCAGCGACCAGCUUCAUCGAGACGAUGUCGCCGAGAGACCCAAUGUCGACCAAGGUCGGAACAGCAUGAUCCAGGACGACGAGCUGCUCGAGGACCGCGAAGACGAAGCAUCGGACGGUGACAAGUCGAGCGUCGAGUCCAUCGACCUGUUGCCCGUCUCAAACCAGCCCAGCAGCGCCCCGGAGUCGGACGCGGCGCUGGCAACGUGGCCGGCCUCCGAUGGUGACGACCAGACCUGGCCCUUUGAUGCAGCCACGCUGGCGAGCCUGUACGACGAGUCUUUGAGCAGCUCGCCAAAGGCAUCAGAGACAUCUGGCCGUCUGUCGGGCUGGAGCUUCGAGGACAGCAACCUCGAGUCUACCAGCCGACUGUCAAGCCCCCUCUGCCUGUCCUAUCCACCGGCGGACUUCUGGUUCUGCGUGCCGGUCUCGUGGCACCGCAACGACAGGCCCCUCGAGAUUGACGUGGCAGGCUUUGAUGAGGACCACCGAUCGAUGAUUGUGGCGGCGCAGCAGUCCAGGCAGAUGAUUUGGGACGCGGUGCUCGGCCGUCCGCCUCGUGCCCCCCGCGAGGCUCAGCAGAGCGCCUCACAAGGCUGA